UUUUUUAGAUUUCAUGUGUUCCUCUUGUACGAGUGAUGUCCCAGAUUAUAAUUCUCUGCUGAGAUCUGAGCUGGAUUUGAGAAUUUGGAGAGUUCCUGCAGCUUUGUAACUUCAGAGGUGUGAUCAGCUGAAAAAUUCAUCUUUUUGAAGAGUUCUGCGUUUUGCCAGUCACCUCUCAUACCUGUGUGCCAAAGAAGGACUCCAUGAAAGAUGACAGAAGAAGUUAUUGUGAUAGCCAAGUGGGACUACACCGCCCAGCAGGACCAGGAACUGGAUAUCAAGAAGAACGAGCGCCUGUGGUUGCUGGACGACUCCAAGACGUGGUGGCGGGUGAGGAACGCGGCCAACAGGACGGGCUACGUGCCGUCCAACUACGUGGAGCGGAAGAACAGCCUGAAGAAGGGCUCCCUGGUGAAGAACCUGAAGGACACGCUCGGCCUCGGCAAGACGCGCAGGAAGACGAGCGCACGGGAUGCGUCCCCCACGCCUAGCACGGACGCCGAGUACCCGGCCAAUGGCAGCGGCGCCGACCGCAUCUACGACCUGAACAUCCCCGCCUUCGUCAAGUUCGCCUACGUGGCCGAGCGGGAGGAUGAGCUGUCCCUGGUGAAGGGGUCGCGGGUCACCGUCAUGGAGAAGUGCAGCGACGGCUGGUGGCGAGGCAGCUACAAUGGGCAGAUCGGUUGGUUUCCCUCCAACUACGUCCUGGAGGAGGCGGACGAAGCGGCCGCGGAGUCCCCGAGCUUCCUGAGCCUGCGCAAGGGCGCCUCGCUCAGCAACGGCCAGGGCUUUCGUGUGCUGCACGUGGUGCAGACACUGUACCCCUUCAGCUCGGUCACCGAGGAGGAGCUCAACUUUGAGAAGGGAGAGACCAUGGAGGUGAUUGAGAAACCCGAGAACGACCCUGAAUGGUGGAAGUGCAAAAACGCCCGGGGCCAGGUUGGCCUCGUCCCCAAAAACUACGUGGUGGUCCUCAGUGACGGGCCAGCCCUGCACCCUUCCCACAUCCCGCAGAUAAGCUACACAGGGCCCUCGUCCAGCGGGCGCUUCGCGGGCAGAGAGUGGUACUACGGGAACGUGACACGCCACCAGGCCGAGUGUGCGCUCAACGAGCGGGGCGUGGAGGGCGACUUCCUCAUUAGGGACAGCGAGUCCUCGCCCAGUGACUUCUCCGUGUCUCUGAAAGCGUCAGGAAAGAACAAACAUUUCAAGGUGCAGCUUGUGGACAAUGUCUACUGCAUUGGGCAGCGGCGCUUCCACACCAUGGACGAGCUGGUGGAGCACUACAAAAAGGCACCCAUCUUCACCAGCGAGCACGGGGAGAAGCUCUACCUCGUCAGAGCCCUGCAGUGACAUCGGCGCCGUGGCUCUGUGGCCCACCAGCUCCCGGCUUCGGUGCCACUCACCUCCCCAGAGCCCAGCGGUCAGGUCAGCGGUGCCCACCCCGCUGUGCGCACAGGCCCUGCCCUGCGGCGGGUGGUCCUGGCCGACCCCUCUGCCUGGUCUUUUUUUCUGUUCAGGUCGGCUGGUUGGUUGGUUUCCUGUUGCCUUCUGGGCCCUCACAUCCUGUCACCCCAUCCCAGCCAGCUUUAGAGAGCGAGAGGGGGCAGGGGCGAGCUUGUUCACUUUAUUCCUUUUCAAUUGGCAACAGCAUGAGCGUUUUGGAUCGUCCUCGCUAACAGAAGCCCACUGGGGUGCAGUGUGAACACAGUGAAGCUGUACUUAGCAAGGGAUCGAGCCACAGUACGCUCCCAGGGUGGUGUCCCGAGCUCGGGGCUCUCUGCCUGCCACACAGCACGAGUGAUGGCUCCCUGGGCCCUGGGCCCUCGUGGGGCUCCCAGACUCUGCAGGGAGCAGGCGCGUUUGCCGAUAGCAAUACUGGAACCAGCAGGUGAGGCGGCGGUGAGGAAGCUGUCCAGUGCCUUUGGGGCUGUGCUUGCAAUAAAGAAGGGAUUUCCUUGAAAGUCAGUCUACAAAAGAGGAAAUCAGUGACUCAAAGACAGAUGUUUUUCGUAAUUUACCCUCAAAUGUGCCAUCCACAUAGUGCUUUUUCCUCUUGCCCUUCAGCUUAUUUGAAUUUCACAAUUAUGUAUUUAAUUCUCAAAGAAAUACAUAUCUGUAGCCAUUUAUUGACACUAAUACAGAUGAUUAAGGAAAACAGCUGAUCUUUGGGAAAGGGGAGUUACCAACACCUUAUACACACAUAAACACACACACUAUAUAUAUAUAUAUGUACAUAUAUAUAUAUACACACACAUAUAUAUAUUAUUUGCUUUACGGGGAAAUUUUUCAGGGUUUACAAAAGAAUAUGUGAUUGGUAGUAAGAGACACGCAGAAUGUUUAUGAAGAAAUUGCAUUUUCUUUUUCCUUUUACAUUUGAACUUCUUUAUAGUUAAAAUAUACAGUCUUGAGAUGGCACAUUCCUACAAUUAAAGAAGGGGUCUUGAGAUCCCCUAAACUUGCAUACCCAGUUUUUUUUUUUUUUUUGGAUAUUGUAAUAAAAAAAAAAAGUAUUA